CCUCUUUAAAUUAUGGAUAGUUGAUUUAUCGUUCUAUAAUCUGUGUCUUCAGCGGUGACUUUUAUUAUCAUGAUAAUACCUCUGCUGAGUCUGAUAACUAUCUUGAAAAUACGAGAUUUGAGCUGCGCGGUCGCUAAGUCGAAAUCUUUGAUUCGCAAGGAACGAAGUUUUGAUGAUUUCCCUCUCAGAGAGCCUCUUUACUUGAGGCGCGUGGACGGGCAUUUGAAGUAUGUUAUGCCCUCUAUAAGCGUAGAACUUGAGGAAAAAGAGAUCAAAGAUGGCCUUCAAGUUUUCAUACAGACGGACAGCAAGGAGGAGCUGAUUUUAGCAUGCCCCGGCGAUAAGAACAAACUGAGGUCGCAGAAAACCUGGAGGAAAAAGAGACAAAAUACUGGUAGUGGCACGCCAAAACCGAUCGUAUUCCCCAUUGGCCGAAUGGAAUGUACUGAGAGAUUGCCGGCAGUUAUUGAUCCUUCAGGACACUCUUGCGCAAAGACUGGGACACAGAUGGAAAUAGGAUUUCAGGUUGGGAAGGAUCUGGAUCUUGUGCCACUGAUGUCACUUUGCCAUGACUUGAUCAAAGCAGACACAUUGUACGUCGAACAUGAUCUUCCAUCAAAAAUUUGCGAAGCCACAUAUUUCGAGCCUCGACCUGAUUUUCAAGAGGGCCCAUUGCCUCUUUAUAAAGACGUACCAUUGAAGGAAAUCUACACGAAGACAGGCGAGGAUUUGCGAAUCAUCACGGGUACGUUCGGGGUCCUCAAGAUGUAUUCUCCGAAGAAGAGAUCAUCCUUUGAGGUCUAUUUACACCCAAAUAAAGUCCGGGUGCCUGCAGCAUUCUUCAAGAUAAUUCAAAGCAAGGCAACUAAUAAAGCGAUCGUAGCGAUUUGUUCAAACGACCCUUUCGCCACGAAGGACACGGCGCCGAAAGAGCUUUGUAAGGAUAUUGCAGCGCAAAACUCAUGGCCGGACGACAAAAAAGAAUUCUCCAAGGGACGGAUAUAUUUCUGUGACGUCGGAAAGUUCCUGAAACAAGUUCAGACUGCGCCUAAAAUUUCGUAUAAAGGGAUUCUGCAAGGAAUCGAAGAGUCGCUCAACCCACCUACAAUUUCCCGAGUCCAGAGCGGUCGGGAGAGAUUAGAAAGAUGCCUACACUCCAUGUUAACACGGAGCAAGCGGAUGAUAAGUCGUAGUAUGAGGAUUCUCAGAACCCCUUAAAACUUGAAUGGAGUUGGUGAAUAAAAAAUAGGACUCUAAACCAUGAA